AUGGGACUGCUUCCCCGAAAGACACUUGAAUCUCAACAGAAUCCAUACCUCCAAUUUCUUAUUCGCCACGUCCGACAUCGGCCUGUGAUAUUCUUUGGCUUGCCCUUUAUUAGUACCCUGCUCGUCGGCUCCGUCAUGCUCUCCAGGCUUACACAAACCCGAUACGAUUACCAAGCUACCAGGGUCCAAUCGCUCACUCAUGCUGAUAAGCUCAAGCUUGAUCAAGAUCAAGCCAAUCGGAAGCCCUUCGAUCUAAGGGAAGAGUACUUCAAACUUUCGCAACCCUCAGCACCCCAAAUCCCUCAAGAAUCACAGCUCCGUGGUGUGUCGGACGAAAGUACAAAGCAAUCACGGUCGAAACGGUUAAAGAAUUGGGAAGAGUGGGAUGGCGAACAAGUUCGAGUUCAACGUCCUCUCGGCGCCCCCGAAUGGGGUGGAGUCGAUCCUAAGCAGCAAUCACCUGAGAUCGGGACUCGGCUUGUUUAA